AGUGGCAGCUCAUAGUGUGUGGGGAAAGAGGGACGUGAAAGUAGGACAGAGGAGUCUGGCCCCUUUCCUUUCGAACUAGAAGCACAGAUUUGUGGCAGCGGGAGAGAAGACAUUAGUCCUGGGUGGAGAGAGAAAAGACAAAGCUUUUUCUUUUCUCAGAGGUGAGCUGCAGUCACUGAGGGAAGAAGUCUCUGGGUUUCAGAUCAGUGUGUUCACUUUGCAGAAUAUUGAGUCUUACAAUUUUUUUAAUUGACUAGAAAUCGCACCUACUGGAAACAUGCACAAGCGUACCAAGAUAAAGAUUGCCAUUGUCGUUCUGCUGGUGGGUAUGGCGUGCAUGUUCACAGCAGUGGUAACGGACCACUGGGCAGUGCUCAGCCCACAGGUGGACAGGUCCAAUAAAACCUGUGAGGCGGCCCACUUUGGUCUGUGGAGGCUGUGCAAGAAGCACAUUUACAUCACCGAGAAAAACUACAUGGAGGGGCAUGGUUGCGGACCAAUUAGUUUGCCUGGAGAGGAAAACUGCACUUACUUCAGACACUUCAAUCCAGGACAAGAUGCUGAGAUAUUUGAAUACAAAACUCAAAAAGAGUACAACAUUUCUGCUGCAGCCAUCUCCAUUUUCAGUCUUGCCUUCAUGAUCCUUGGCUCUCUGUGUUUACUGGGAUCAUGCACUGGGAAAGGGAAAGGAAGAGACUACCUUCUCAAACCUGCAGGGAUGUUUUUCGCAUUUGCAGGUAUCUGUGCUUUCAUCUCACUGGAGGUGAUGCGUCAGUCAGUGAAACGCAUGAUUGAUAGCGAAGAAACUAUUUGGAUCGAGUACUACUACGCCUGGUCCUUUGCUUGUGCCUGCUCUGGCUUUGCCCUUCUCUUUCUCGCUGGCAUCGCGCUUCUCGUCCUCUCAAUGCCUCAGAUGCCCAGGAAUCCCUGGGAGACGUGCAUGGACGCCGAGCCGGAGCAAGUAGAGUGAUGUUAGAUGGUCAAAUGCAGCCAUGAAUCAGGCUAUUGUUUUGAUUUAGGACUUCAGAUUUUUUUUUUUUUUUUUUUGAGAACAAGAGUUUUGUUCCAGCAAAGAAUGAGGUAAAUAACAAAAACAUGUUUCUGGUGUUUGUGUACCAUAGUCAUCUCUUCAAACAGCAGUUGAAUGGAGCUUUUGUGACCUCACAUGCUGGCCUCAUCACUCACUGCCUUCCUGUUUUUUGCUUUGAUAAAUUAUAUCGAUGAAUUAUUCUUAAUGUGGCCAUGGUCUUUCUUGGGCCCUCAUGUAUCAUUGUCAUGCAUGUUCAGACAAAAAUGCCCCAAGGGAUUUUAGAAUAAGAUUAACAACAGCCUGACUACAGAGUGAAUUUGAGCUUCAGCACCACAUAAUACAAAACUUGUACGCAACAAGGGUUUAUGUAUUUUUAAUAACAUCACUCAAAUAAUUGCUCAAUGACGAUGUCAAAUAAACAUCUCAAGGAUUAUUAAAAGAAGCUUUCUUGAUAAAGAAUGAAGGAAAAAAAGUAGUAGCUAAGAGGAAAUUUUGUGUGUGUGUGUAUGUGUGUGUGUCAGACUGAAUGCUAAACACCCCCAGAGUCUGCAGCACCAAUCAUGUUGGAAAAGGUUCAGUUUUAGCAGGUGCACUGCACAUAUACAAGGCCUUUCACUUGUCUACAGCUCCCAAAUCUCACUGAUAAAACACAGAAAGGUAUAUGUAUCUAAAACAUGAUUAACCUUUUAAGUUUAAAAGGUAUUUAUUCAAAUCUACAGUAAUUACUAUUUCUGUUGAAAAAAAACACAGGAGUCUAUUUAUAACUCAUAAAAUCAGAACAUGUCACCCUUCUGUAAUCCGAUAUACAGAAAAAGAAGAGCUGUAACUGCCACUUGGUCCUUUAAAAAGAUAGUUUUGAUGUUCUGAGGUGAGGUUCAGUGACGUUUUCAGUAAUAAUUCCCUUACCCGCAGUAGACAGAUUUCAUAUCACCAUGAGUGUGUGUUAAGAAAUCCUCAGAGUGGUCAUAUGUUAACAUCUCGUCAGCCAGAGAAACAGUUUAACUGUAAAUAACUAUACAUGGAAUAAAACUCAGUGUUGAGUGUGUUUUUCAUUGCUGUUUCAUAAGCUGAACAACGUGGUUGUUGCUAUGCUAAAGUCAUGUUUGGUGAGUUUUCUGUCGGCUGAUCUGGACUGCUCAUUUUUAAACAUCUAAUGGACCUGGAAGAGCACAAGAACAUCUCCCACAUCUCCCAUGCUGUUGCACAACCCGCCACAAAAGUUUCCGCUACUCUUGACAGACAACAUGUGGCUGAUACAGCCAUCAGCAUCGACAAGCUUAGUUAAGAACCAGAGAAGCUGUUGAGCUAAGAAAACGACAACUAUCUUAACAAUGUCUUGUGUAAGUAAGACAGAGGUACUCCUGAAACCUCAACCUCUUUGUUAAAGUUAGGACUUUCCUUAAAAAGCAGAUUCUACUUUUAGCAAAACGCUAUUCAAGUGUGCUGUGUGUUUUUAUAGAACAUAUGCACUCCUAUCCUUUUGGUUAUGAUCAUGAGUCUAAUGUAUCACUUACAAUAACAACAACUGAGAGCAACAGGCAAUUUAAAGUAUCACAAUUUUAUGGCAAUUACUUAAUUUAGAAGGCUUUGAAAUGUUAAUAUGCACUAAUAUAGAGUUGUAGCCUAUAGAUGUAACCAUUUUCUGUUUGUUGCUUCAAAUCACUAAAACCAGCCAAGUCUGUCUCGGUGUUAGCCUUCACCGUUCGAAGGAGUUUUCUACUCAAUAUGGUGUCUGUUAAAGGCAAGGGAACUAGUACUGUUAUGUUCACAGAACCUUACUUCAUAAAAUCCAAACUAACACUCUUAUUAGUCAUUUUUAAGAUGUUUUGCAAGUAAUGGUUCUGGCAUUAAUGUUUAUGCUGAUUGAGCUUUGUUGUUGCGUUUCAAAGUAGUUAGGAAAAGGCAACAACUAAGCCAAAGUUAUUAAUACAAAGUUUCUGUAACUGAAAAGGUGUUUAAGCAACAUGGAUGAUGUGACUGAAAAAACCUCUGCAUUUGUUUUGACUUUGCUUGACUCCACACUGGAAAUGGUUAGGAAUCUUAUGAAUAGGGUGAACAGUGUGAAUGUUCAUUUAACUUUUUGUUCAGAACUCUGGUGUAAUGGCAGACCCGACUACAUUGUUCUGUCAAAGCUUCUACAACCAUCAUCUUGACCUUGCUCAGGGCAAAAACUGUUAUUUUCAGUAUAAUGUAUUUCAGUUUGACUUAAUACUCUUAAUAAUCUCGGCAUAGAUAUAAACAAUAUACAGUAGCAGGCAAGUUUGAAUGUAAUCUUUUAUUAUAUUGGGUGUCUAAAUUGUUCUUGCUACAAUGUUAUGAAAGAAAAUGGAUGAAGAUUUUGGAUAAAUGUUAACGCAAUGUGGUUUUAGUUCUUUCUACUAUAUAUAGCAUGCAGUUGAAUGAGCUUUGGAGUGGAGUUGAUUCCAUAUUUCUUACAUGUUACAAAUUUCUAAGGAAAAAAUAAAAAAACUUUGAAAACAGA